AGGUAAUAAAAUGAAAGACGAGCCAAUCAUGGCCUGCGCCGAAGAGAAUCCCGACGAAAAACCCAAAUGCAACCCCUUCGGAACCCGAUUUUUGACCGAUGACACCAAAGUUUUCGAGCACAACGCAUGGGACGACGUGGAAUGGUCCCCAGAGCAACAGGAAGAAGCUCAGCGGAUUGUGCAAGGUCAAAAGUCGAUGAAGGUUGAUGAGGAGAAGGCGAUGCGGCUUUUAAGCACCCCAGCGGAUCAAUGGGAUGCUUUUUAUGCUCAUAAUGAGAAUAGAUUCUUCAAAGACAGGAAUUGGCUGUUAAAAGAGUUCCCAGAGCUUAAUGUGGAGGAUGAGAGUAAUUUACAGAAAGAAAAGAUAGAAAUACUGGAAGUUGGCUGUGGCGUCGGAAAUACCACGUUCCCACUGCUCCAAGUGAACAAUUCCAGCUCCCGGCUCAUGCUGCACAGCUGUGAUUAUGCUCCAAACGCGAUUCGAGUCCUGAAAUCCCAGGACGCCUACGAUCCGGAGAAAAUGAACGCAUUUGUGUGGGAUAUCACGCAACCGGCUUCCCAGGAGGCUCCAAACGUCGGAUCUCUAGACUAUAUUGUGUGUAUCUACGUGCUGUCGGCUAUCCAUCCGGAUAAUAUCAAAAAUGCUCUGAAAAAUCUCGUCCGGCUGCUCAAACCCGGUGGAAGUCUGCUGCUCAAAGACUACGGGAGAUACGAUUUAACGCAGUUGCGAUUCAAAAAAGAUCGACUAAUCGACGGAAAUUUGUACUGCCGAGGAGACGGAACCCUGGUCUAUUUCUUCGAUAUGGAAGAGUUGGAGACGCUGCUCGCCGAGCACGGGCUUCAGAAGAAAGUGAUGCACGUGGAUCGACGGCUCAUUGUGAAUCGAGCGAAACAAGUGAAAAUGUACCGGCAGUGGAUUCAGGGCAAAUUUUUGAAGUCUUGUUAAUUGAUUUUUUUUUGUUUUUUUUUUUAUUGAAAUUGUUGUUUUUAAUCUAGAAAAUCGGCUCGAAAACUCAUUUUUCAGUGAAAAAUAACUAAAAAUUGUGAAAUUUUGUCUCGAAAAAGGCAAAAAUUCAAUUUUUCUAGUAAAAACUGAUCGAAUUUCAAAUUUCCAAUUGAAAAUUGGAUUUUUCGAAUUUUUUUUUGGUGAAAAAGGUGCAAAAUUUGUGAAAUUUUGGCUCAAAAAUAGGCGAAAAUUCAAUUUUUCUACUAAAAACUGAUCAAAUUCGAUUUUCCCAUUGAAAAUUGGAUUUUUCGAAUUUUUUUUUGGUGAAAAAGUCCAAAAUUUCAGAAAUUUUGGCUCAAAAAUGUCCGAAAAAUUCUAUUUUUCACUAUUUUUCGAGUAAAAACUGAUCGAUAUCGAAUUUUCCACUAAAAAUCCGGUUUUUCGUUGGAUUUUUCGAAUUUUUUGGUGAAAAAGGUUCAAAUUUUGGCUAAAAAAUGAUGGAAUUUCAGUUUAAUUUCCCGGAUUUUCCCGUUUUUACAGAAUUUUCCCACUAAAAAUCUGAUUUUCUGUUGAAUUUUUAUCAUUUUUGGUCAAAAAAAUCGAUUUUUCUCUUUAAAAUUUCACUUUUCUCUCCAAUUUUCUAGUUUUUACUCCAUUUUUCAGUAUUUUUAUUCUGAAAAUUUCGAAUUCGAGCCGAUUUUGUCCAAUUUUCCACAUUCUUGCUGCAAUAAAUUGUUC